GGAGCUGUUGUUCCUGGGGAAAGGGACACAGUGAUGGAUGAGCCGGAGCAGGAUGGCGCGAUGGAGAUCCAGAGGGAUGUGGGUGGAGCAGCUGAGGGUGAUGGUGUCCUGCCAAACGUUGAGAAUGACAUGGUGCCUGGAAGUCUUCCUGUGGAGCCGUCGCCGGUGCUGGACAACCUUGUGCGACCUGAGCCCCUGCGCGUGGAUGGGAACAUGGAUGGUGAGGGAUCUGAAGGGGCUCAGCAAGUGGAUGGUACGCGCAGUGGUGGCUCCGAGAAUAAUGGAGACAUGGACGUCCACACUGAAGUCGAUGGUGGGGCCCUGUUGAGUGCCGCCGUUGUUGCCCCGCAUGAGAUUGAAGGGGACCUUACCAUGGCUGCUGUGGACAUGGUGGCUUCGGUGACUUCGGUGGGACCGGUGGCAGCUGUGUCUUCUGUGGUGGCUUCGGUGGGACCGCUGGCAACUGUGUCUUCUGUGGACGCUGGCGCGGCGGCUGAUGCUGG